UUAUGGGGAAAGACUCGUCGAGUCGAUAAUAAAUCGAAAUUUCCAGUCAGAACAAACUGGCGCCACAAGAUACUGACUGGAGUGAUUUGCCCUCUCUGAGGAGCGGAGGGAUUCCGCUAGGAGGAAAGCAGGUCCGGACAAUCACCGUUGGAGUCAGUUAGGCACCACAUGGCGCCAUCUGUGUCAGGCCCCGCCCCGUUUCCUGACGUCAUCGCGUUUCGGGGCACGCACUAUUUUAAUUGAUUGUUCCGCCGCCGCUGCUAGAGAGAGCGGGGGUUUCUGUACCGCGUGUGUAUCCAUCCGCCAUAAGCCUCAGCGCUGCAGAGGGAUCACCGGGGAGACACCGCCGCCACCUACACCGUCACACAGAGAAGCCGCAGACGACACCGACCGGAGAAACAUGUCGGCCACCGCGACCCGCGAGAAGAGGAGCACGGCCACCGCGACCGCCACCACCGCCAGUACCAACAACGGGGAUAAUGGUAGCGGGGAGCCUGCCGCCGACGGGCCCGAGCUGCUGGAGAACUGCGGGGUGUGCAAGAGCCGGCUGAGGGCGGAGCGGGAGCCGCAGCUGCUUCCCUGCCUGCACACCAUGUGUAAGAGCUGCCUGAGCGCCGAGCCCGCCGAGGCCAGCCCCGACACCGGAUCCGCUAUGGUUCCUUGUCCAGUAUGUAAGAAUCAAUGCUAUCAGAAGGAGAUUGUUGAGAACUAUUUUCUUAGAGAGGAGGAUGCUGCAGGCCAAUCUGCUGGAACCAUUCAGAGAUGCACCAGCUGUGAUGACAACGCCAUAGCAAAUAGUUACUGCUGUGAGUGUGCUGAGUGGCUUUGUGAAACCUGCGUAGAGGCUCAUCAGCGUGUGAAGUACACAAAAGAUCACACCGUCAAAGUCACAACUGGCGCUAAAACUGAAUCUGAACAUACAGUGUUCUGCCCAGUCCAUAAACAAGAGCCCCUCAUGCUCUUCUGUGAUACCUGUGACACAUUGACCUGCCGUGACUGCCAACUGCAGGGACACAAGGAUCAUCAGUAUCAGUUUUUGGAGGAUGCUGUCAAAAACCAGCGGAAAAUUCUGUCUGCUUUAGUGAAGAGAUUGGGAGAAAAACACGUUCACCUGCAGAAGUCCACAAAGGAUGUUCAUUCUUCAAUUCGUCAAGUGAUUGAUGUUCAGAAGAAAUUGCAGGUGGAUGUGAAGAUGGCGAUCUUGCAGAUUAUGAAGGAACUUAACAAGCGUGGCAAACUACUUGUAAAUGAUAUGCAGAAAGUGACAGAAUCACAUCAGGAUAAGUUGGAGAAGCAACACUGGAAUAUGAACAAACUUCAGAAGCACCAGGAACACAUCCUCCGCUUUGCCACCUGGGCAUUAGAAAGUGAUAAUAAUACGGCUUUGCUGCUUUCUAAAAAACUGAUAUAUUUCCAGCUGCACCGUGCUCUGAAGGUAGUGGUGGACCCGGUUGAGCCUUUAGGAGACUUGAGAUUUCAGUGGGAUGCAGAUACCUGGACAAAACAUGCAGAGUUUUUUGGUAAAAUUGUAUCUGACAAAACGGGAGUCGUGUCGUCUACUGCCACACAAUCAAUGAACUCAACAUCUCAGGUACUUUCUCCACUUACCAACUUUAACCCGAUGGUGCAGAGUAGAGCAAGACCUGGUGUUUCUCAAGGGAGAGCUGCAGGCGGUGGCCCUGGGGGCUUCAUGCAGCAGCCCAUGGAUGACUAUGAUGGAACAGAGGGUGAAUCAUCUGGACUAGACUACAUUGGUGGACAGAAAAGGGGACGGAGUUCAGAGGGCGGUGAUGUAAACGAACUGUUAAAAAAGGUUCCCCGUGUGAGCCUAGAACGUUUGGACGUGGAUCUCAAUCGUGAUAAUCAGCCACCGGUCUUUAAAGUUUUCCCCGGAAACACAAAUGAAGAUUAUAAUUUAAUUGUGAUUGAGAGGGGGAAUAAUGGUGGAGAGCCUGUAGUAAAGGAGGAAGCCAUGGAAACAGGCAUUGGUAUUCCCACAGUUGAUUCCGGUGUGCGUUCUGCUGGUUUGCCAGAAAGUGUAACACCUGCAGUUCGACCCCAAAGCUCUACUAUUGAUGUUACUGCUGCUGUCGAAUUUCAAGGCUCCAGUGGAUCUGCAGUUCCAGAAGCUCGCUGUAAAGUGUGCCAAAAAGAAGGACCGAUGCUUGCAUGCAGCCAAUGUAAAGUAACUAUCCACCGUGACUGCCAUCUGCCUGCAGUUACAGAAACUAUAAGCGGAGACUGGAAGUGUAUUCUGUGCCACGACAUGCCCAAGGGUGAUCAAGGUGAAGCUGCUCCAGAUGCUAAUGCCACCAGCCUCUCAACAGUUGAUCAGAAGAAAUGUGAGCGUGUGCUGCUGGAACUGCUUUGCCAUGAGCCUUGCCGGCCCUUCCACAGACUGUCCGUCAGUGCGGACGGAGAACCAAUGAUCGACUUGACGCUUAUCCGAGCUAAGCUACAACAGAAGCUAACACCAUAUUAUGCGAACCCUGAUGACUUUGUGCGUGAUGUUUGGAUGAUGUUUAGAAACGUCAGCAAGUUUGCAGAGGAUAAAGCCGUGGUUCAGUCAAUCAUUGAACUCCAGUCUUUCUUUGAAGCAAGACUCAGUCUUCUGUUUGGGGAUCGCAAAUUUUCAUGUCUCGUGGGAGAAGCUGGUAAAGAUGACGAACCACACAGUGAAAGUGGAACUCAAAGAAGUUCCCCUGUCAGCACAACCAGCGACAGUGUAUCUUCUGUUAAAAAUGGCACCGAACCAAUUUAAUGGAAAUCCAUCCUGAUCUGUCCACUUAUAGCUCAAUUCAAGGUGACAUGCGCAUGUCUAGUUUAAAAGGAGACAACUGCGCUAAUGACUGGAAAACUUCUAUAGCCCUUUCCCCCUUUCUAUAUAGCGAAGUCCUAGAGUCAACGAGCGAUGGAUGACACUGAGAGGCCUGUAUUGUAGAGUUAGGAAGCUCUUAUCUGUUUCAUUCACAGCUUGUAUCUCAUCUGAGUCAAUUGUUUCUAUAACUCCUUUCAUUGCGUUUUCGGCUGUGUUUACCUGUUUUGCACAAGGAAAUCGCCAUGGAUCACUUCAAUGCCCAAAAACAGUCAGUGCUGACAAGACUCAAGAUGUUGGUCCAUACUAAGUUGGUAUGUAACUAACUUUCUAUACGGGGCUGGCAUGUAACCACAUCCUUUCAGUGUAGUUUAUAGAUUCUCUGUGGGGUAAGUCAGGAUGCAUAUUGUUGUAGGCUACAUCUUGUUUUAUGGCUGAAAUAUAUUCUCUUCCACUUUUCAGCCUUUGAUAGCAGCCUAGCCCGGGACCAAAUGUUUCUUUCCUGGCCCCCACCCCCCUUGACCCUAUGGUUGGGCUUCCCAAAAUGUCUGGAUAUGCUGAAGUGGUUUUACAGGCGAUCACUCAUUCAGCCAAUCGGACAUCAAUAAUGUAGACACCAUAUGAUGCUCAGAGUUGUGUUCAUGAGUUUUAUGUGCACAAUAGUUGCUGGGCCUCGGACUCCCAGUGUCAGAUCGGGUGGACGUGUGUGCCUGGAUUACACUUCCUAAAUGGCAUUAACCAUCUUCCUAUAACCAAUAAAAUAACAAGGUCUCAAUCUUAUAUUGUUAUAGCUGUCUUUGCUGUUUUGGGUAAAUCCAAAGAACGUGUUACCUGUUACACAACCUUUUUGAAUCUGUUCCCCUUUUCCUGCACUGCAGGCCUUUAACCAAACUGUUCAUGCAAAGACUUAACCAACAUUAUUUUGAAGUCCAUUUUGCCCUAUAGAUAAUCAGAUUCAGGUUCAGAAGUUGUACUGUGUAGAGCUUGGUGCCAUCUUUAUGUCAUAGGGUCCCAACCUCCCACCCACCUUUUCCCCGACCUCCUAUUUCCUUGAUCACUUGGUUUAAAAUAGAAUAAAGUCUGCAUUGAAGUUAUUGUUUUAUACUUUGUUUUGCAUAAACACCGACAAAAUCUAGAAGAAAUCCCAGUGCGGAGUCUUGGGUCACUUGGGCUUUGAGUUUUUUUUCUUUUUUUUUUUUUUUUUACUCUUAAAACCUAUAUCCUGAAAUUGCAAUCAGGAUAUAGAUAUUGUUAAUUUACAUUUCACUUUAUUCUUUUACAAAAUGUUCACUAGGUUUGUUGUAGCUUAUAAGACUGUAAUACUGCUCUUAGGUGUCAUGUGCCCUUUAUAGAUUUGAUGAAGCCCAUUGAUGCUUAGUGACCAUUCUGGAUGAAGGUUCUCAAAUUAAGAUUGGACACUGAUAUAUUAAGGAUCCCCACCCCCAGAGGAUGACAACAUGGACAGAUGUGAGCUGAUGUGUAUCAUUACUGUACUGUUAAAUAAAUCGACAUUUGCCCCUUCCCCACUACUACUGUUGUAGCCUUUACCUGUCUACUCAUUAGCCCGUGUGCUGUCCUGUUUGCCUUGAUACUAAUGGAGAUGCCUGGUGAGACCAUUUUGUAAGAGCAGUAAUCCUUUAUGAUGACUUGUUUUUUGUUUGUUUUUUUGUUUAUUUUUAUGAAAUAAAGCUCAAACACUUACAAGCUUG